CUCAAGCAAUGGCGCUUUCUACAGCUUUCAAGGAGAGACUCGAUCAAAUGGAGUUCACCAGAAACCAACGACUCGAUCUUCUCCAGGCGGAGAAAGAGAUACAAGUGAACAAAUCACAGAUUUUAGCAACGAAACAGGAGAGUAUAAAAUCCAUAGAACGCAGAUGUUUGAUGUUAGACCAAAAGAUAGCUGCACAAAACCUCAAGAUCACGAUUCUAAGUUCUAACAUUGAAGAUCUCGAUUCCAAAUACCAUGGCUCUAUACAUCAAUUGAGGACACUGAAGAGUGAGGUUGAAGAGCUGAAAGAGUUAGAUGAAGAGAGGGAGAAGUAUUACAAGGUGAAGUGCUUAGAGAUGAAUGAGUUUAUCCAAAACGUUGAGAGGUUUAGAUCAGAGAACCGUUUACAAAUCGAGAACCUGAGAAACAGAGUAAUGGAGCUUAACUCAACGUUCAAAGAAAUUCAUGAGAAGAACAGGUAUCUGCAGAAUACAAACUAAGCAUCGUCGGCUUCGCGCUCUGAAAAAUCAAAGCGUAGAGAGAAGAAGAAAAAGAAGAUGAGAGUAAAAAGGCAGAAGAAAAACAGGAGA